AUGGCUGCACCUAAACCACAUUGCAGCAAGUUAUCUACCAUGGAUCUUCGGGCUACAGAAACAGGUGAUACGGAAGAUGUUGCUACUGCGGAACAUGGGUCAAACAUUCAAAAUAUCUCAAGCGCCAUGAAGUUGGUCCUUGAAACUCUGGGAGAGGACACAAGCCGCGAUGGGCUUCGCAAGACCCCAGAACGAUUUGCCAAAGCCAUCGUUUCUUUGACCAGCGGCUACAAUCUGAACCCAGUCAAUAUUCUCAAAGACGCUAUAUUCGAAGAGGAUUGUCAUGACUUAGUUGUUGUUAAGGACAUUUCAUUUUCCAGCUUGUGUGAACAUCACCUGCUUCCGUUCUUUGGCAAGGCUCAUAUCGGAUACAUACCCAAUGGCAGAGUUGUCGGCUUGUCCAAGCCAGCGCGAGUCGUCAACGUCUUUGCAAAGAGGCUUCAGCUACAAGAGCGCCUCACAAAGCAGGUGGCACAAUGCCUUUUCGACGUUGUUCAGCCUAGAGGUGUGGCUGUGGCGAUUGAGUCGACUCACAUGUGCAUGGCCAUGCGAGGCGUUGAGAAAAUAGGCUCAUCGACCAUGACGACCUGCUUUCUAGGAGAGUUUGAGAAAGUUAGGGAUGCCAGAGAAGAGUUUUGGAGGGCUCUUGGCAAAUAG